AUGGACAGGACUAGAGGCUGGCGUUCUGAGGUUCGUUUCCGCAGGGUCCAGAAUCUAAGGAACAAAAGAAACCCGUGGCCUUGUCAUGACACCUCCCCUGUGCCUUCUCAUUAUUCUGAGCCUGUCUCACUCCAAAACAAGAAUGUCGUGGGGAGUCUGCUCCCUCUGCCAGGGAUGAGAGAGGAACAUCAGAAUGAUGAUGAAGAGGAGGAAGAGGAGACUCAGAGCUUAAGAAGCCUACCAACUGUUAUGACCCCCUUAAGCAUCUGCCCCAAGGUCAAAAGAUCACAACGAUACCCCAGGAAUCAAGUCACCACAGGCCUCAAACUGCCUCCUCUUACCUUGAACUACAGUGAAUCCAAGUGCACACUGAUUGUGAAGGGUACGGGAUACACAAGCAUCUGCAAAUUUCCACCUGUCAUCAAAUCCAUGAACAUGCGGGAACAAAAAGACCAGGAGAGACCACCAUCACGCGCAGGGUUAAAUGGAAUGAAACCAGCUUCACCUGAGCAAGUACAAAAAGGGGAACAUAUUCAGAAUGCAUCUCCAGCCAGCAAAAGUGUUCAUUUUGUAAAGCCUCAGCCCGUACAAAAUGACUGCAGGCAUUUGCCUUGCGCCUUGAUGUCCAAUGUGCCUCUGCAAUCCCAUAUCACUUUCCAGAGCCCUGUGGUACAGACAGUCUACCCCAUCACUUCUGCCUCCAUACAACAGACAAGGCACAAUGAGAGAGUGACACAACCCCUCAAGUCUGUUUUGAAGAAAAGACCAGUCCUCCAAAGAGCCAAAGACUGCUCCUGGGUACAGAGCUGUGAGUCUCAACCUGGUCACACACGCCUGUUGGAGCCUUUUACUAAGCUUCAAGAGCAUCUGUAUCACCAGAUGUUACAUUCACCCCUUCCCUACCAUGCAACUCCACAACAGGCCCCAUGUCAUUUUCUCCUCUAUGAGCAAGACCACCUCCACCAGGAGGCCCUGCCACAUGCAUCCCAGGGCCAGCACUGCUCUCUGUGGGAACGUACAGUGGUGCUGUCCAGUUCAGAAGGAAAAAUGCUGCCAAGAAUCACCAUGACCCGACCAACACCUUCUCCCAAGCAGCUGCGCUGCACUGAAUCCAGACAUGCAGCUUGA